UACUCUAUGGUUUACUUACCGCUUACAAGAAGAUUGUUUUUCUUUAUUUUUUAUUUGAAAAUUUAGUGAAAACUUCAGUACUGAUUACAGAUAACUUAAAAUAUAAUCGAGGUAUUAACCUAAUAAUUAAACAGACAGAAAAUUUUACACCAGUUGUUUACUUGCAAAAGCAGGUCAUUCAAAUAUGGUUGAUCCUAAAAGGGUUCUCAGCUAUGAGGAUAUGCUAAAAAUAAUUCAUCAACCUGAGAAGGUGAUUAUUGAUGUCCGCAGUCCAGAAGAGGUGAAGUCAACUGGCAAAAUACCUUCUAGCAUCAACAUACCAUUAAAUAAUGUACAAGAUGCAUUAAUAACUAUGUCAGAAGAAGAGUUCAAGAAGCAAUUUCAAAGGCCUAAGCCUUCUUCGUCAGAUGAGCUUAUAUUUUAUUGUCAAUCUGGUAGACGUUCCAGUGAAGCCCUUGACAAAGCACUUAAGCUUGGAUAUACAAAAUCCAAAACCUACCUGGGCAGUUGGAAUGAUUGGUCAAGUAAACAAAAAUAAAUGUGUUAUAAUCAUAAAUACAUAUAAUAAUGCAAUAAAAUAAAUUAAUUAAAACAUA